AUGUGGCGCAUCUGCCUGGAGGAGUGGGCACAGAAAGAGAUCUGUUUGUUUAUUUAUUUAUUUAUUUGUUUGUUUGUUUGUUUGUUUGUUUGUUUGUUUAUCUCUUCUUUUUUUAUCUCCCUGUCAUCUUGCAUUUCUCUCCAUCGAUCUCCCCCAGGUCCGUUCAAUCAGAUCAAGUCCAGUCUUCUGGGCUCCACGUCAGACUCCAAUCUGCACAAGUACAGCACCAUCAAUAAAAUCCCUCUCAUCGCACUCAACUUCGCCGAGACCAACAAUGACAAGAAGGUGCCCUCGCCGACCUCCUCCGAGAAGACCAUCAUCGCCGCCAAGGUCAAAGACAGGACACACAACGUCACAGAGAAGGUCACACAGGUCCUGUCCCUGGGUGCGGACGUGCUCCCCGAGUACAAGCUCCAGACGACGCGCAUGGACAAGUUCACCAUCCUCCACUACAGUCCCUUCAAGGCCGUCUGGGAUUGGCUGAUCCUGCUGCUCGUCAUCUACACGGCCAUCUUCACGCCCUACUCGGCCGCCUUCCUCCUCAACGACAUCGAGGAGCAGAGGAGGCGCGAGUGCGGCUACUCCUGCAGCCCCCUGAACGUGGUGGACCUGAUGGUGGACAUCAUGUUCAUCGUGGACAUCCUCAUCAACUUCCGCACCACCUACGUCAACGCCAACGAGGAGGUGGUCAGCCACCCCGCCAAGAUCGCCGUGCACUACUUCAAGGGCUGGUUCCUCAUCGACAUGGUGGCGGCCAUCCCCUUCGACCUGCUCAUCUUUGGGUCAGGGUCAGAGGAGACCACCACCCUGAUUGGCCUGCUGAAGACAGCUCGGCUGCUGCGAUUGGUCCGCGUGGCCCGCAAGCUGGACCGCUACUCGGAGUACGGCGCGGCCGUCCUCAUGCUCCUCAUGUGCAUCUUCGCCCUCAUCGCCCACUGGCUGGCCUGCAUCUGGUACGCCAUCGGCAACGUGGAGCAGCCCUACCUGGAGCACAAGAUCGGCUGGCUGGACAACCUGGGCCUGAGCAUCGGCAAGAUCUACAACUACAGCGACCCCGGCUCGGGCCCGUCCAUCAAGGACAAGUACGUGACGGCGCUCUACUUCACCUUCAGCAGCCUGACCAGCGUGGGCUUCGGGAACGUCUCGCCCAACACCAACUCCGAGAAGAUCUUCUCCAUCUGCGUCAUGCUCAUCGGCUCGCUCAUGUACGCCAGCAUCUUUGGGAACGUGUCUGCGAUCAUCCAGCGCCUGUACUCGGGCACGGCCCGCUACCACCUGCAGAUGCUGCGUGUGAAGGAGUUCAUCCGCUUCCACCAGAUCCCCAACCCCCUACGCCAGAGGCUGGAGGAGUACUUCCAACAUGCAUGGACCUACACCAACGGCAUUGACAUGAACAUGGGCUUCCCUGAGUGUCUGCAGGCGGACAUCUGCCUGCACCUGAACCAGACGCUGCUGGAGGACUGCAAGGCCUUCCGGGGCGCCACCAAGGGCUGCCUGCGCGCGCUGGCCAUGCGCUUUAAGACCACGCACGCGCCGCCCGGCGACACGCUGGUGCACUCCGGCGACGUGCUCACCGCACUCUACUUCCUGUCGCGCGGCUCCAUCGAGAUCCUCAAGGACGAUGUGGUGGUGGCCAUCUUGGGAAAGAACGACAUCUUUGGUGAGAUGAUCCACCUGUACGCCAAGCCUGGGAAAGCCAACGCAGACGUGCGCGCACUCAGCUACUGCGACCUGCACACCAUCCAGCGCGAGGAGAUCCUGGAGGUGCUGGACAUGUACCCCGAGUUCGCCGACCACUUCCUGUCCAAUCUGGAGCUGACCUUUAACCUGAGGGAUGACAAUUCCAAGGGCACUUACCCUCAGGCCAGCGACUCUGACGGAGAUGAGGUGAAGGUUCGGAGAAAGCCCUCUUACAGGAGGAGGCGCUCCACAGGUACACAGAGUCGAGGAACAGGGAGCGAUCCGGAGCGCGAGACAGAGAAGCGACGAGAGGAGGAGAGAAAAGACAGGAGAGACUCAGUGCCUGAGAGCGAAGGGAAAGAAGAUGAAGAGGAGGAAGAGGAGGAGGGGGAAGAGGAGCAGAGGCCGCUGUGUUCGGGAGGGCAGGAGCGAGUUCUACCCCUCGGCCUGGAGCACUCCCCCCCUGAACCACUAGCCACUGAGGGGCUGGACAGGACCCAGUCUUACAGAGAUGUGUGCCCUGAAGAAUGGCCUUCUGGGAAGGGCCAGGAGUUCCUGGAGGACUCCGCACAAGCCCAUGACUCCAGGCCAGGGGAGGACGCCGAGAGUGACAUCACCUACGGCGAAGUGGAGCACCGCCUGGACCUGCUGCAGGAGCAUCUGAACAGGUUGGAGGCCCAGAUGACUGCAGACAUCCAGGCCAUCCUGCAGCUGCUCCAGAGGCAGUCUGCCCUGGGCCCGCCGGCCUACAGCACCGUCACCUCCAGCCCGGAGUACCAGAGGCCCGCCAUCAGAGUCCAGCCCCUCACAGCCCUGCAGCCAGAACACAGCACGAGCACUGACACUGCACAGAGUCCGGAUGCGGAGAACUGCAGCCACGUAUCCAAGGAACCCCUGCUCAGCCCUGUUUCCACGGAGAUGCUCCCGGACGUGGCAGUCCUGGCCGGGGGGGGGGAAGAGCCCACGGGUCUCACUCAGGGGGAGAAGGAGACCGAGCUCCCCCAUUCGCCACUGCCCAGAGCCCAGCUGUCAAUCAGGCAGGCCUCGUUGCCUGAUUCGUCAACAGCUGUCUGUGGUCCCACCCCACUGGGCCUCCAGCGCCCCUCUUCAGAUCCGGGUCUUCCAGGGAAGUAACGCCCACCAUGCCCCCACCCCCCUCCCCCACACACACACACACACACACACACACACGUCUGAACUGCUCCCCACUGCAGAGCCAGACUCUCAAUCACACUUCAGACUUCCAACCGCCCCCCCACCACCACCACCACCACCACACCCCCCACCCCUUCCACCAUCCUCGACUCAGGGUCCUGCAGGAGACGGGGCUGGCCGUAUGCAAGGAGUUUUGGGAAGUAUCACAGUCCACACCCACGGCCUGUCUGUUUAGCUGUACAAAGUAUACAUAAUAUUAGUAAAUAUCUCUAUAUAAAGGUACUGUAUUUAUAUGCUUUAAAUAUGUAUAAAAACAGUUACUAUGUACAUAUCUUCGGGAUUUUGACACUGCCAGCAACAAGGGCCACCUGACAUGCUUGUUCCACUGGAGAAAAUGCAUGUAUGGAAAGUGUUUUUU